GUUAGCCAGGAUGGUCUCCAUCUCCUGACCUCGUGAUCCACCCGCCUCGGCCUCCCAAAGUGCUGGGAUUACAGGCAUGAGCCACCACACCUGGCCUUAUUCAUUGACUUCUAGCACAAUUAUAUGAUCAGAAACAUGCUGUGUGAUUUGAUUCCUCUGAAAUAUAUUGAGAUUUGCUGGAACAAAAUAAGUUAGGUUAAUUUUUGUAAAUGUGCCAUGCAUGCUUAAAAUGAAUGUAUCUACAACAUUUGUUCCUGAGAUACAGGUUGAUGGAUGGAUGGCUACAUGGAUGUGAUGGAGAUGGUUACUCUUGGGACCUUCCACAUCCUACUGAUGUUUAGUUGCUUAGGAUAUGAAUGGAUGAGCGGGGACUGUAAAACCUCUCACUCUGCUUGGGUAUGAGGUUCUUCCUGUCGUCCCGCCAUCUUGUUUUUUACGUUUUGCCUCCAGGUUUGACCUUGAGGAAUCCUGGGAGCUCAGGAAGGAAGCAGCGCCCAGAAGCAGGGACAGGGAGCUGGUUGGGGAGGACUAGAAAUCAGAAGGGCGCCCUGAGAGGACCGGGACAUGCGGGUGCGGUGGCUGCUCUUUUGGCUCCUCCUGCUGGGAUUUUUCAGCCAUCAGUCAAACUAUAUUCAGGACCUCAUUCGGUUCCCAUGAGGAGCAGCCACUGCAUCCCAGCUGGAAACACAGAGAAGACAAAGGUCAGUAUGGUUGCAGGGAAGCAUGAUCAUUCCUCAGGAUUGGCCUACUACCCGCCCUACCUCAUGGCUGAACCUUUAAGACAAUGGAUGGCCCACCAGCUGCCUCCUCCAUCUCAGUAUCAUCUGGGAGCUCAACCACUUCCAUCAGCUAAAGGUUUUCUGGGACCUCCGACUAUUUCUCAACUCAAGUGUCCCCUAGGACCUGAAGAACCUUCUACAACUGAUGAUUUUCUGAGACAACAGACACCUCCAUUCGAGUGUCCCCUGGGACCUCUACCACAUUCUCCAGCUGAUGAUUGUCUGAAACCACAGACACUUCCCCUUGAGUGUCUUCCGGUACCUCUUCCACCUUCUCCACCUGAUGAUUUUCUGAGACCACAGACUCCUCCAGUCGACUGUCCCCUGGGACCUCGACCAUUUUCUCCAGCUGAUGACUUUCAGAGCCUGCAGACACCUCCAGAGUGUCUUCUGGUACCUCUUCCACCUUCUCCACCUGAUGAUUUUCUGACACUGCAGACACCUCCCGAGUGUCUUCUGGUACCUCUUCCACCUUCUCCACCUGAUGAUUUUCUGAGCCUGCAGACGCCUCCCGAGUGUCUUCUGGUACCUCUUCCACCUUCUCCACCUGAUGAUUUUCUGAGCCUGCAGACGCCUCCCGAGUGUCUUCUGGUACCUCUUCCACCUUCUCCACCUGAUGAUUUUCUGAGCCUGCAGACGCCUCCCGAGUGUCUUCUGGUACCUCUUCCACCUUCUCCACCUGAUGAUUUUCUGAGCCUGCAGACGCCUCCCGAGUGUCUUCUGGUGCCUCUUCCACCUUCUCCACCUGAUGAUUUUCUGAGCCUGCAGACGCCUCCCGAGUGUCUUCUGGUGCCUCUUCCACCUUCUCCACCUGAUGAUUUUCUGAGCCUGCAGACGCCUCCCGAGUGUCUUCUGGUACCUCUUCCACCUUCUCCAGUUGAUGAUUUUCUGAGACCACAGACACCUCCCAUUGAGUGUCCCCUGGGACCUCGACAAUUUUCUCCAGCUGAUGAUUUUCUGAGACUGCAGAUACCUCCUGAGUGUCUUCGGGCACCUCUUCCACCUUCUCCAGCUGAUGAGUUUCUAAGACCACGUCCCACAGACUGUCCCCUGGGACCUCGCCCAUUUUCUCCAGCUGAUGACUCUCUGACACUGCAGACACCUCCCGAGUGUCUUCUGGUACCUCUUCCACCUUCUCCAGUUGAUGAUUUUCUAAGACCACAGACCCCUCCAGUUGACUGUCCCCUGGGACCUCAACCAUUUUCUCCAGCUAAUGAUUUUCUGAGACCACAGACACCUCCCCUCGAGUGUGUUCUGGCACCUCAACCACUGUGUCCAGGGGAUGAUUUUCUGAGACCACAGACGCCUGCAGUUCAGUGUUCCCUGGGACACCUACCAGUUUCUCAAGCCGAUGAUUUUCUGGGACCACAGACACGUCUCCUGAAGUGUCUUCCGGUACUCUUUCGCCUUCUCCAGUUGACGGUUUUCUUCAACGACAGACACUUCCAAUCUCGUGUUCCCUGGAACCUGUACUAUUUUCUCUAGGUCAUUAUUUUCUGUCUUUCGUUUGUUUUAUUUUGUUUUUGUUGGUGUUUUUACUUUUUUAAGUAAAAUACAUAAUUCUUUGACUUCUUAAUGCAAUAAAAGAAAUUAACAUCUUGUACACAGAAGACUAGGAAAGGGAAAACUACUUACUUCUGAAAAUGCAGUAAUUUAAUCCUAUUUGUACCUGUCCACAUGAAAGUAAUGUUUAACAUGUUUUGAAUUUAAUUUUACUGGUGGGGCUUUACAAUGUAAUUCUUCGGAGUAAUAGUUUCAUUCAUUUUCAGGUUAGCUGACUGUAGGAUUAAUUAACACAAGGCACAGUAGCCAUCUUUGUCAUUAUGUUGCAACACUCACCACGUGCCUCGAUAAAAUGGCUGAUUUAACAAGAUGAUGGCAACAGGAAGGGGAGACUUUGGAUUGUCUAUUUAAAAUCUAGGUAAUAAGUAAUUAAUAAAAAAUCUAUCUUAAGUACACCUUCACAUGCUAUUUGUUUAUAAUAAACAAGAAACUUCCUAACUUUGUUGCAGUAGGCUUGACUAGCAUUUCAUUUUACCAACUGCGCUUUCCCCAGUACGCUUAAAAUAACAGCAAGAACAAAAAUCCCUGUCCUUUCGUAUACUAAGAAAGAGGAUUGGCUACUGAAACAGUUCACUGCAAGACACACGAAGACGACAUACUGUGGCAUGAGUUUUUAAUUUGUUGUGCUGUUACUGAAGUUCUGAGGGCUGCAGUUAAAACAUUCCAGUUUCUCCCUUCCAUCUUUAUUGAUUCUCAAGAUUUUGCACAGAAAACUCUCUAGGGGCUAGAACAGUAGUAAUUGUAUCACACUGUUUUCAAGACUUCAAGUUUCAAAAGCAAAUCAUUAAAAAAAAAAUACAGUUCCUGAUUUGAUUUAGAUACAGGGAUAAAAAGUAGCCCAGGCUUGAAGGUUACAUUGCUACAAAUGGUGGCAAUAUUUUCCUUGGGAGAGUAGUUCUGUUGGCAUUUAUUUUUUAAAUACUCAAAACGCUCAACCUCAAGCAGUAAUAAACACAAGCAAAAGUGAUUUUACCCUUAAAAUAAAUAUUCAGAAAAACCUCUGUGUAUAUACAAGUGAAGAAAUAUGUAACCUCUGUAUAUACAAGUGAAAAAAUAUGUAACACUUUCACACACAAAAUAUAAUAAUAAUAAAGGAUUUGUUCAUCUAUGUAGCUGAAAUCUGCUAUUCCAUCCCACAUGCCCCCAGUAAAGAACGGAGGCACAGACAUAGGUGACUACUGUGGUUCACUAACUUACAGCAUUUUUGUACUGGGACACUAUCACCACCAAAAAUUUAUCCCUCGUUAUAUUUUUAAAAUUUUAUAUUUUUUCUUCCUUGUUUCAUUUUGUUUU